CCAUCCUGCACAAAAAAUAAAACAAAAACAAUAAAGGACUUUAAAGAAAAGACCAGACAACAAGGCGAGCAAUGCUAUCUUCUGACAAUGCCUCAUCACCACCUUUGAGAGUGAAGCAGGAUGAAUUUCAUCUUCUACACAUUCUUGGCAUACUUUUAUUUGGGAUCGCAAAUAUUCCUUCUCCAUACCCUGCUCGUCCAGCCUGCUCAUUCUCACCCGCAGCCCUGCCACAUCCUAGCGCGGAUAGGACACACUGUGCGCCUGGGUGCCCUCCUGCCUCCCCGUCAGUCGGUCCGGGUGCGGGCGGCUCUCCACCGCGCCCUCAACGGUCUCGCCGAAAGCGGCAACAACUUUCUUCCGUACAACUUGAGCCUGGACGUGGUGGCUCGGGAAGCCCCGAGCGGAGACCCCGAGUCGCUCUUCAGGUGUGUGUGUCAGGAUAUAGUGGUCCAGGGGGUCUCGGCUGUGCUCGCCUUCCCUCAGACUCAGGAGGAAAUAGUACAAAUGGAAUUUAUGUCCUCUUUUUUGGAAAUUCCUUUUAUAAGCAUCAUUGAGCACGGAGAACCCCUCAAAACUCAGAAUCGCUUCCACUUGCAGAUGACAACUCGUAUUCCUCCAUCGAAAUUGGUGGAGCUGCUUCUAGAUGUUCUGCAGCGCAGUGGCUGGGAAGAUAGUAUGGCAGUGCUUUGCCAAGGCUGGGAGGACGCUGGUCUUCUGGAUCUCCUGGAACUCCAAAGCCGCUCUGGCUGGGGACCCUCACACUGGCACCUUCGAUCCGCUCUGAACCUCUCCCACAGCAUACCUCACAUGGCUAAUAUUUCUUACUUCCUCUCUGAGCACUUUAAUCAGGACCAUCCUCCACCUGCCUCUGUCCUGCUUUUUGGGGCUGACCCAGAGUGUGCCUCUUCUGUUCUGCGCAGUGCGCAUGACCUGGGGUUGACAUUGCCCACUGUACAUUGGAUUAUGGGCCAACCUCUAAGUCCAGACGCCCUUCAUUCUAUUGGCCUGCCUUUAGGACUGCUGGCCUAUGGAGAGGUUGACCGCAAACCACUGGACUUCUACAUUCGUGAUGCCCUGCAGUUAGUCAACCGAGCUGUUACUGCAGCAACGGUCGUACGACCCGAUCUAGCCCUCAUCCAAAAUAUGGUAAACUGUUUUGACAAACCCAACAAACACGAGCUACCCUCAUCAGGACAGUACAUUGCCAGGUUCCUCUCUAAUACGUCCUUUGUAGGGAUGACUGGCCCUGUCAGCGUUCAACGCAACCUCUCCCGUGUACACACCUCCCAGAGGGUCCACAUUUGGAGUCUGAGGCGUGAUGCCGUCGGUCAGCCCACGUGGGUGACUGUAGGCAGCUGGGAAGGCGGUAGGUUGGAUGUAGAGGAGCAGGGAUUAUGGCAGGGCUCGUCCCCUCGGCAGCGCACGGAGGGCCAGAUGGGCAGGGAAGAUCGUAGAUGGCGAGCUGGUUUUCCUGUGACGGGGAGUCGUGUGCGUGUGGUCACUCUGGUGGAGCACCCGUUCGUGUUCACUCGAGAGGUAGAUGAGGAUGGGAACUGUCCCGCGGGGCAAUUCUGUCUGGAUGCAGGCACAAACAGCUCGGAAAACCUGGACCACUUGUAUUCCGAGCGGGCUCAAGGCAACAGCAGCUUCUUGCCACCGGAUUACAGCAAGUGUUGCUAUGGAUACUGUAUUGACCUACUGGAGAAGCUGGCAGAAGACAUGAACUUCAAGUUUGACCUGUACAUAGUUGGGGACGGGAAAUAUGGAGCACUCAAGGGUGGGAAGUGGACGGGGUUGGUGGGCGACCUGCUGAGCGGGAUGGCCGAUAUGGCUGUUACCAGCUUCAGCAUCAACUCGGCUCGCAGUAAAGUGAUUGACUUCACCAGUCCAUUUUUUUCCACAAGUUUGGGAAUACUAGUGCGCAGUAAAGACACGGCUGCACCUAUUGGAGCAUUCAUGUGGCCAUUGCACUGGUCCAUGUGGAUGGGCAUCUUUGUGGCACUGCAUAUUACAGCACUCUUCCUCACCCUCUAUGAAUGGAAGAGUCCUUUUGGCAUGACGCCUCAUGGACGUAACCGUGUGAAGGUCUUCUCCUAUUCAUCAGCUCUCAACCUCUGCUACGCCAUCCUCUUUGGCCGAACAGUCUCUAGUAAGACACCCAAGUGUUGGACUGGACGUUUCCUGAUGAACCUGUGGGCCAUAUUUUGCUUGCUGGUUUUGUCCAGUUACACAGCAAAUCUGGCAGCAGUCAUGGUUGGGGAAAAGACCUUUGAAGAGGUCUCUGGAAUACAUGAUGCCAAGCUUCAUCACCCAUCUCAGGGAUUCCGAUUUGGCACUGUUCGGGAAAGCAGUGCAGAGGAUUACAUGAAAAAGAGUUUUCCUGAGAUGCACGAGUAUAUGCGGAAAUUCAAUGAGCCCACCACACCUGAUGGUGUCGCCACACUCAAGACAGAUCCGCCUCAACUUGAUGCUUUUAUCAUGGACAAGGCCCUGCUGGACUACGAGGUGUCCAUUGAUGCCGACUGCAAGUUGCUGACAGUUGGUAAACCCUUUGCUAUUGAAGGUUAUGGUAUCGGACUGCCCCAGAACUCGCCACUCACCUCCAACAUAUCUGAAUUCAUCAGCCGUUACAAGUCUGAUGGCUACAUGGACAUGCUGCAUGACAAGUGGUACAAGGUUGUGCCGUGCGGAAAGAGAGUCUUUGCUGUUACGGAGACGCUGCAGAUGGGCAUUCGUCACUUCUCAGGGUUGUUUGUGUUGCUUUGUGUGGGUGUGACCGGGGCCUUACUCACUCUGGCAGGAGAACAUGCCUUCUAUCGCCUGGUUCUGCCACGUAUCCGCCGCAGACAAAAGUUCAAAUACUGGCUUCACACCAGUCAGAAAAUCCACAGAGCACUGAACAUGACUUAUGAGGAUGUGAAACGGCAGCGGGCAAACGCAGAGAAAAGUUGUAACAUCCAGAAAGCCCAACCACAUCCGCCACCUCCAGCUGCUCCCCUCGGAUCCUUUGCCAGAUGGAACAACGAAAGCACCAAGGUGACACAGGAGCCCAAAGACAACAAGAGGGUCCAUUUCAACCUGGAAACUCUCAACUCGCGCCGGCUCCUUACCCGUGUCGUGUCGGAGGGGGGUCAGGCUAGCUCCGCCUCUGCAUUGAGCUCUGGGGCUGGGAGUUUAUUGGCGAGAGUGUGUGAAAACGGAGGGCCCAUUCAGCAGCCCACCUCCUCAGUGAGAUCCUCGAGCCCUUCCAGAGAUGGCGAGCUGGAAGAACUCCAGGCGAAAAUUGAGGAAAUUCGUGGGCAUUUGAAAGCAGCUCUGGCUCGUAGGGCGGAGCUUCAGACUACACUAGCUAAAGAACGAGUGGCUGCAGCCCCGCUGACCACAGCAGCUCCGCCCACAGUCACAGCCACCAUUUGCCCCGCCCUCACCAAAGAGCCAGCAGAUUUGAAAAGGUGAUGCUCACAAUGUCUGAAAUGAACAUGGUGACAGUGGACAUGAUUUUCUAUCUUUCUCCUCCAAAAAAACCUUUCAUAUACAACAAGACUCUUUUAAAAUCAUCAUGCUAAGGGAACAUUAAUCCUUGAUACCGUUUUGCUAAUGAUAACGCUAACAGGGCCUCAUGUGGCUUAUUUUCUAAAGCAUCACUCUCCAACUGCGGUUAGUGGGCGCUGACUGGUUGGGGAUCUUUUUCGAAUCAUUCAUACGUUUGCAGGUGAAACCUGAAGAACAAAUGUUAUAAAGUUGAAAGCACCAAGCAAGACAAUGCUUUUCUCUCAGAGCUUUAUUUAUUCACAUCCCUAUCCCUCUGCCCAGCUGUGAAUAAGUAUCAUAACAAACCUGUUUGCACCCUAGUCCUCAUCAUGGUAGUACAGAACAUUGACUUGGCUGCUUUGUCAGUUAUUUUAUAGCUUGGUUGUGUCUCAAAUCUCAAAACUGCUAUUGACCUUUUUUUCCUCCAUAAAGUCAUACGGACAUAUGAAUGGCCAGGUUGCCUGUUUGAAUUAAGUUUGGUGUUAAAGAAAUAAAUGUGAUCUUGUCAUAAAUUUGAUAACUUACUUGAAAAAUUCCAGCUCAGAGAGUUACUUGGAUAAUUUAAAAAAGGCUGAUUUUUGUUGUUAUAGUUCCUCAUGAUGAACCACAAAACUUUUGGUGUUUGUACAGGCUCAUGAAACAGGAGAAUGCUGCAUUAUAAAGCGUAUAGUUAUACAUCAGAAACAAUAUUUACUGUUAUAGUUCAGAAACAUAUCCGCUUGAUGCACAGUCAACAUGAUGUUUCUGCUUGCCAAACAUUUACGAUAUCCACCUUCAUCCAACAUUGAUGUUUUUGAUGACCAUGGAUUUCCUACAAAAAAAUAAAUAAAUACUAGGAAUUUACUGUAAGAUUUAACAGAUUUUAAAAAAAAACACAUCUUUUGACAUUUUUCUACAUGAGAUUUUAGCAUUACAUUACAAGUUAUUUGAACAACGAGGAAGGUACUUUCCAUGAAUAGGCUGUACAAUAUUUAUGUAUAUACAAAAAAAGAUACGUCCUCUCACUUUCAACUGCUUUUUUCCAGCAAACAUAAACAGAUUUAACAGCUGAGUCAUAAACUGAACAAAUCUCACAGACAUUUGAUGAACAGAAAUGGAAUAAUGAGUCCCUCAACAAAAGGGGGUCAAUAAGGUUUCUCAUGGUUUGGCACGGCAAGGAUAAGCUGACUUUCCAGUCUCCAUGUAGCACUGUCUGAGGUAUCUUACAUGAUGGACAUUGCAGUUUAUUGCUCAGGCCACAUCUGCAAUCUUAUGCCCCCCUUGCAGCAGGUCUAUGGCAUGUUCACACAAGUGAUCUGAAACCCUGGGCUUCUUUCUUCUGGUGUCAGUAAAAGGAUCUCUUUAGUGUCCUAAGUUAUUCGAACUGUAACCUUACUUGUCUACCGCUUGUAAACUGUCAGGCUGGGAAAGUUUCCAAUAGAUUUUUGGAGUGUUUCUGUGGGAAUUUUUGCCCAUUCAUCCAGUAGAGCAUUUGUGAGGCCAG